AUGCUAAUGAUUAGGAGGAUGAUUAAAGUUCCGAAGUCAUUAACAACACUAGCUUACCUUAGCAAACUUGAUGACAACUAUGGUGGCGAAAGAAGGGAAAUGACCAAGUAUACAAGGUCACGAAAUGGUUGUAGAAAAUGCAAGGAGCUAAAGAUUAAAUGUGAUGAGCAGAGACCUCGAUGCCAAAACUGUAUACGCCGGAAUUUCCAACCCUGUGAUUACAGUAAGGUUUUACAGUGGGGUGGUAGACCUGGUAAAAAGAACAACCAGCAGCAGCUACAGGGAUUAGUUUGUAAACCGACACCAAAACCUUCGCCUCUACCUACCUUCCAGCCAGAUACCCUUUUGCAAGAUUUAUUUGUGCAGAACCAUCAAAGUAUUCCUUCCAACUGUUUUGAUAUUGAGAAUAAUAAUAAUGAAAAUAGUGAUGAAUACAACGAUCGAUUACCACUUAUAUCAACAGGUGACACUUCUCUUCAUUCCCUAAGAACUCCAUGGAGCGCCUCUGUGGCAUUCUCUAAAAUUCCUUUAUCUUCAUUGCAAUUACCUUCACCACUACCAGACGUCCUGUUAAACACUCCUCAUUAUCUAAACUUAUUCGAAUUUUACAUGAGGGAAACUGCAUAUCUUUUAGUCCCUUUGCCAAGAGAAUUAUAUUCUGAUAAUCCAUUCUGUUGGAGAUUUGGACAAAUGGCUCUAGCAUGCCCUACACUAUUAUAUCUGUUAUUGGCGUUUAGUGCAAACCAUAGAACUAUGAUAGCGACACAGAAGAGAAAAUUAGAACUACCAUCUUUAGAAGAACCUUGGAAUCUUGAAUCUUCUAGCGAAUCAUCACUUGCUCCAUUUGGUGAUGUUGAAACUGGUAAUACUUUAACCAAUGAAUUAUUGACCAUAACUUUCAACAAUUUAUUGGUAGAUUUAACGAAUGAACAAAGGAGGAAAAGUGACUGUACUUUGGCUACGAUAAUGAUGUUGGCGGCAUUUGACAUUUUUUUCAGCGAUAGACGACGUAAAUGGAGAGCGCAUGUAAACGGAGCCGGGAGGUUGAUCAUGGAACGUCUUUGCGGUUCAGAUUGUAAUAUGCUGACCCUACAAGAUAGUGAGGAACAAACCGAUUUAUUCUUCUUAACAAGAUGGUUUUCCUACUUAGACAUUAUUGGUUCUUUAUCUUCGACAAGCAGGGUUAUUACUACAGAAAAAUUACAAGCCAUCAAAUACAAGUCCAUGUUAACAGACCCUAGUGUGCUAAAAUCGAGGAGAAUUAAUUUAAGUGAUUUGGAAGCUGGGACUGGAUUCGAGUAUACUAUACUUUCUUAUUUAGCCGAGGUCUCUUCGCUCAUCAAGGAGAAAGAGAGUGAACAAGAUGAAACUGGUAUGGAAAGAAUGUCUCAAGAGAUGCUUGCAAAAGUUCUGGAAUUAGACUACGAGAUUAACACUUAUUUGGAAAAUUCAGAACGGGAGAGGAGUCAAAUUUACGAAAAAUACUAUUCUAAAAAACCCUGGGAAAAUUAUAGAGGUUAUUAUAAUUUAAGAAUCACUAAUCUAAUAUUUGGCUUAACGGGCUCUUAUCAGUUAAAACGUCGAGUACUUAAUUUACCAUUAGACAGUAAAAUAGUACAAGACCUCUUAGUCAGGAUUACCAAACUCGUGGACGAAAAUGUUCCCUUAGCGGCUUCUUCUACUAGCUGUCUUUCUUUUUGUCUCUUUUCCUGUGGUUGUGAGCUGUUAAAUGAUUCUAUGGCCCAAUAUAGACCCAUAUACAUGGAAAGAAUAGAUGCCUUGAAUAAGGAGGGUGUUAAUUGUGCUGCAAUGGCCAAAAGUAUUAUGGAAAAAUGCUGGAAAUUUAAGAAGAAUUGGUGGGAUAUCCUACGCGAAGAAAAUCUGGACAUCACCUUUGCAAUUUAA